CGCAGGUCCAUUCGGGAAUUACUGCCCAGCAGCCGACUAAGUUGCAUUCCUUGAAUCUUCGCAGAAAAGACAAUUCUUUUAAUCAGAGUUAGUAAUGUGGACAGUACAAAAUCGAGAGAGUCUGGGGCUUCUCUCUUUCCCUGUGAUGAUUACCAUGGUCUGUUGUGCACACAGCACCAGUGAACCCAGCAACAUGUCAUACGUGAAAGAGACAGUGGACAGAUUGCUCAAAGGAUAUGACAUUCGCUUGCGGCCGGACUUCGGAGGGCCCCCCGUCGACGUUGGGAUGCGGAUCGAUGUCGCCAGCAUAGACAUGGUCUCCGAAGUGAAUAUGGAUUAUACACUCACCAUGUAUUUCCAGCAGUCUUGGAAAGACAAAAGGCUUUCUUAUUCUGGAAUCCCACUAAACCUCACCCUAGACAAUAGGGUAGCUGACCAACUCUGGGUACCAGACACCUACUUUCUGAAUGACAAGAAAUCAUUUGUGCAUGGGGUCACAGUGAAAAAUCGAAUGAUUCGACUGCAUCCUGAUGGAACAGUUCUCUAUGGACUCCGAAUCACUACCACAGCUGCAUGUAUGAUGGAUCUUCGAAGAUAUCCACUGGAUGAGCAGAACUGCACCCUGGAGAUUGAAAGUUAUGGCUAUACCACUGACGACAUUGAGUUUUAUUGGAAUGGAGGAGAAGGGGCAGUAACUGGUGUUAAUAAAAUCGAACUUCCUCAAUUUUCAAUUGUUGACUACAAGAUGGUGUCUAAGAAGGUGGAGUUCACAACAGGAGCAUACCCACGACUGUCAUUAAGUUUUCGUCUAAAGAGAAACAUUGGUUACUUCAUUUUGCAAACCUACAUGCCUUCUACACUGAUUACAAUUCUGUCCUGGGUGUCUUUUUGGAUCAACUAUGAUGCAUCUGCGGCCAGAGUCGCACUAGGAAUCACGACAGUGCUUACAAUGACAACCAUCAGCACCCACCUCAGGGAGACCCUGCCAAAGAUCCCUUAUGUCAAAGCGAUUGAUAUUUAUCUGAUGGGUUGCUUUGUAUUUGUGUUCCUGGCUCUGCUGGAGUAUGCCUUUGUAAAUUACAUCUUCUUUGGGAAAGGCCCUCAGAAAAAGGGAGCUAGCAAACAAGACCAGAGUGCCAAUGAGAAGAACAAACUGGAGAUGAAUAAAGUCCAGGUCGACGCCCACGGUAACAUUCUCCUCAGCACCCUGGAAAUCCGGAAUGAGACGAGUGGCUCGGAAGUGCUCACGAGCGUGAGCGACCCCAAGGCCACCAUGUACUCGUAUGACAGCGCCAGCAUCCAGUACCGCAAGCCCCUCAGCAGCCGCGAGGCCUACGGGCGCGCCCUGGACCGGCACGGGGUACCCAGCAAGGGGCGCAUCCGCAGGCGUGCCUCCCAGCUCAAAGUCAAGAUCCCCGACUUGACUGAUGUGAAUUCCAUAGACAAGUGGUCCCGAAUGUUUUUCCCCAUCACCUUUUCUCUUUUUAAUGUCGUUUAUUGGCUUUACUAUGUACACUGAGGUCUGUUCUAAUGGUUCCAUUUAGACUACUUUCCUCUUCUAUUGUUUUUUAACCUUACAGGUCCCCAACAGCGACACUGCUGUUUCUCGAGGUAAGAGAUUCAGCCAUCCAAUUGGUUUUAGGUCUUGCAUAUCAGUUUUAUUACUGCACCAUGUUUACUUCAAAAAGACAAAACAAAAAAAUUCUUUUUUUCCAGUCUACCGUGGUCCAGGUUAUCAGCUCUUUAAGAGCUCUAUUAAUUGCCAUGUUUACAAACAAACACAAAGAAAGAAGUUAGAUAGGUAGAUCUUUAGCAGUCUUUUCUAGUUGCCCUGGAUUUUACUGAUUUAUUUUUUAGGGAAAAUGAAAAGAGGACCUUGCUGUCCGCCUGCACUGCUUCCUGGUAAACUGUAACAAUCUUAUGCUGCCAAAAAAAAAAAAAAACAACAACAUUAAAAAAAAAAAUUUCCAGGAU